AAUCUGUAAACGAACCAGAAUCGUUCAGUGACUUUAACUCGAACCCACCCAAAACCACCAUUUACAGUCGUGUCAGCUCACCUCUCCUCAUCAGACGACUUUAUGUCUCGGCUUGUGCGUAGCCAUUUGUGCCGGUAAUGGUGCUGUAACUGACAAUGCAACAAGGCUUUAAUAAAAUAUUUAUUAACAGCAACACUCAACACACGCCAUCUGUAACUCUAUCACCUCUUUAACUCCCUCUGACAGUCUGCACUUGUAGGAAAAUGCCGCAUAAUUUGCUCCUGCAUCAUAUGUGACACAUAAUUAACAAAACUGUCACAUUAUUUUUAUGUUAUGAAGCUGAUCACGUUCACAAAGCACGAACUGUGGCGCCACCUUGUGGCUGGUGUGUGUGUGUGUGUGUGUGUGUGUGUGUGUGUUAAAACUAUGAGCCAGCUCAGAAGAAUGGAAAGUGAAACCCAUAGGUGCCGUUUUCUUCCACAUUACAGCAGCUGCGUGGUUUCGUUACUCAAGAACAGCACAACUUUAUAGUUUUGUUCCCAAACCUGCUGUAAACGUGCCUCGAAUGGAGCUGGACAUGUUUGUGCUCUAGUGAAGUUACACUGUAGUCUAUAGCCUGCUGUUGUUUCUUUCAACAAAUACGUGUUUCGUUUCGUGUUUUGUUCACCGAUUAGCCGCCGUUUGGAAUCAACUAGCAGGCGUUUUAGUUUUGUUUUAGCUCACAGACCUACAUCUUCAGCUCGUUUUGUUCCGAGUUUUUUUUAUUUGUGCUUGUUUUUAGCACGGUGAAGGAGGCUGCGACGUUUGUGUGAAAUUUCCCCCAUUUUAAAAACUUCUGCACUUCCGGUGAAGCUGUGCUGCAAACUUGUCCAGAUAGUAUACAUCCGUAUUUUGAUGCUGGCUUGCUCACUGUGUUGAUAUUCACUCAAAGCCUGCAGGCAGUGUGCUCCUUUGUCCUCCACCCCUGCGCUAUGAGCAGAGGUAGAGGAGGGCACUCCAAAGAGUACCAGCGAUUCUCCCUCCCAUCCCACCAGGGCAAACCCAGCCAAGGAUCCCAAUCUUUCCCAGCGCACCCCAGAAGCCCUCACAUCCCAAGCCACAACCCUAACUUGGACAGGUUCCAGCAUCCCCCCCCUUACUCAUCCACUGGCCUUCCUGGUGCUUCACCAGGUGGUCCUUCUCUGCCUCCAAAUCCUUUUAUAUCAAGGUUCCCUGGACCUUCCCAAGUGCAAGCUCAGAAGGCAUCAUCAAAUAGAGGAGCUUGCAGUGGCGAAGCAGCAGACUUUCGCCAGCAGCAAACCCUGUUCCUUAGGGGGCAGAUUGCUGAGGCACCCAAGUUUGUGCCACCCCAGUUCGAACACCGCGGCAGUUCUCCCCAGUGUCAGACAGAAUAUUAUAAUUCCCCAAAGCCCAGCAGAUAUGUGAGAGGAGGGGGUUAUAAUCGAGGCAGGCCAAGCUGGGAGAAAGGGUUUAACACAAGGUACUAUCCUGGACCUAAGACUGGCUGGGAACAACAGCACUUAAGAAGCCAGAAUAAUCAGUAUCAGUGUGACAGCUGGGUGGACUGGAACGUUGCCUCACUGUCUUCAGAAUUUCAAUCUUUGUCACUAGAGACCUCCAGUAAUUCUGGGAGUAAGGCUUCUCGUUCACUUCCCUCAGGUAGAUAUUCCUUGCAGCUGACUACAGAUAUCCAAAAGCAGGUCCUUAGUUCUUUGGCCUCAUUGCAGCAGGGUGAAACCAUCCAGGCCAGGCACUUGGCUAAAAGACUUCGAUUGCCUAAGAAGAUUGUUAACCAAGCUCUAUAUGCUUUAUCCAAAUUAAACCAGGCAGUGAGGUUAGAAGCGGCGACUCCUCUCUGGAGACUCUGGAAAGAAGGUGACACUGAAUCCUUCCAGGGAACCCAGUUCAGAGCAAAAACUGAUAAAGGGUUUGCUCAGGAUACAUUUAGAAAGGAAAACCAGGCCAUUGGUGAGGUAGUAAAACCAGACAGCAACUUGACCAGUGCAACAUCAAACACUACAGAGGCCAGUAGUGACUCCGGUGAAGAAUCUGAAGACUCUGAAAAAGAAAGUUCCUCUGAAGCUCUAGACUCUGACCAAGCCUCUGAAAAGGAAUCUGGUCUUUUCACAACAAUGGAAGGAAAAGACACCAAGGAGCAGAUCCUGCGGUACCUACAUGAGACUGGCCAAGCCAAUGCAUUGAUGAUUGCCAAAAACCUGGGCUUGCGAAAUGCCAAGCAGGUUAAUCCUACACUGUAUGCCAUGGAAAAGCACGGCGAUCUCAGUCGCAACUCGAACGUUACGCCCCCUGCUUGGGAGCUGACUGCUCACCGGCGUGAGAAGAUGGACAGACAGCGGAAAGCAGCUGUUGCUGCCUCUAUAAGACAUGAAGAGUCAGAGAUUUGUCGAACACCAGGCCCAGUGAAAGAUACACAAUUAACCCAAAAGACAGAGUGUAGAUCUGGGCUUUCAGAAGAAGUGAUGACGUGGGAGAACCUCCCACCAAGUCAAACACAUGACGGCAAGGACAGCAUGUUUGGGAACGGAAUGCUUGAGAAGCAGUCACAUUCAAAUAUGGACUCUAUCCUUGCUCUUGGAAAAAAUCCCUCAGAUGACAAUGAUCUUACAUCUGUCACCUACUCAUCACAUGGUGCUUCAUUCUACCAGGCAGAUGAAAAGAAUGGGGGACACCCAGAGUGGGCGUCAGAUGACAUUCCAGAAUUCCUCAACACCAUCCGUUCAGAGGUGGCUGUGUCCCUGGCAGCACCUCUUCCACCAGCCCAGAAUACAGAGACCGUCAGGUUGCAGAAGCUAAGGCUGGCACUCAGCAAGAACCCGGUCAGUGGCUUGAUGGAAUACGCACAGUACCUUGGCUACAGCUGUGAAUUUCUGCUGCUUGAACAAUCAGGACCAUCACAUAACCCCAGGUUUCGAAUGCAAGUGAUGCUCGAUGGGCGUAGGUUCCCACCAGCUGAAGCCUCAAGCAAGAAAGUGGCAAAGAAGGUUGCAGCUGCAGAGACUCUUCGGGCUCUCCACAGAGAGAUGGAGGGAGCUUCUAGCAUGGAAGAUGAAUUAGAGCAGCCUGCAGUGCCAUUAGCAGAACUGAAUGAUUUUGCUGAUGAUUCUUUUGAGAGUUCGGAGGAGCCUCCAAAAGCUUUGGCUCGCUCCCUUCCAGGUGGCAAGAAUCCUGUUUCUGUUCUAAUGGAGCACAGCCAACGUAGCGGCCAUGCCAUUGAGUUCAUCAAUACUGGGCAGGAGGGUCCGGCACAUGACCCACGCUUCAUGUUCCAAGUAAAGGUUGGGGACAGUCUUUACCCGGAGGCGUCAGCACCCAGUAAGAAGGCAGCAAGGCAACUGGCAGCAGAGGAAGCUGUGAAGGCUCUUCUGGCAGAAGGACAACUGCAGCUCAACAAGCCACAGCACACAUUUUGUCCACUUGGCGAGGGCGAUUUGUCCCCAGCAAUGCCCCCGUGCCCAUCACUUCCUCCGCUGACAGCAGCUGAGCUUCAGGCAGCACACGAGGCCGGAGUAGGUGACCUGAUCAACCACCUAAACAACAACGCUGUGUCAGGUCUGCUAGAGUACGCACGCUCACGAGGCUUUGCUGCCGAGAUCCGUCUGGUGGGUCAGUCAGGACUCCAACACGAGCCACGCUUUACAUAUCAGGCUAAACUGGGAGGUCGCUGGUUUCCUGCCGUGUGUGCCAGCACUAAAAAACAGGGCAAGCAGGAGGCAGCCGACGCAGCUCUCCGAGUGUUGAUCGGAGAGGCGGAAAAGGCAGCACGCACCGGGGAGCUCACAGCAGAGUUGCCGGUGUCGGGUAGCACGGUGCAUGAUCAGUUUGCCAUGCUGAGUCACCAGCGUUUCAAUGCGCUUACUGCACGCAUUCAGCACAGCCUUUUGGGUAGGAAAAUCCUUGCCACGAUCAUCAUGAAGAGAGGUGCUGACAGUCUGGGCACGGUCGUCAGCCUUGGGACAGGUAAUCGAUGUGUUAAAGGAGAGGAACUGAGUCUUAAAGGUGAUACCGUUAACGACUGCCAUGCUGAAAUCAUUUCCAGAAGAGGCUUCAUCCGCUUUUUGUACAGCGAGUUGAUGAAGCAUUGGGAUAGUCCUGCAGAAGACAACAUAUUUCAGGUUGCAGAGGAUGGUUUGCUCAAGAUCAAAGAUGAUAUCACGUUCCAUCUGUACAUCAGCACUGCUCCUUGUGGGGACGGCGCACUCUUUGAUAAAUCGUGCAGCGAGUUAGCGGAGGUCACCGGCUCGGCUCACAUGCCCGUGUUUGAGAAUGCUAAACAGGGCAAGCUCAGGACCAAAGUGGAAAACGGUGAGGGAACCAUCCCGGUGGAGUCGAGUGCCAUCGUGCCCACUUGGGACGGCAUUCAGCACGGCGAGCGCCUCAGAACCAUGAGCUGUAGUGACAAGAUCCUGCGCUGGAACGUGCUGGGCCUGCAGGGGGCUCUGCUUAGCCAUUUCAUGCACCCUGUAUACCUUCAAUCCAUCACCUUGGGGUACCUGUACAACCACGGUCAUUUGACUCGAGCUGUGUGCUGCCGAUUGGCCAGAGAUGGCAGCGAGUUAAUUAAAAGCUUGCCUGCUCAUUUCAAACUUUGCCACCCAGAGGUUGGCAGAGUGAGUGUGUACGACUCGACACGUCACACAGGAAAGACCAAAGAGUCCAGUGUGAACUGGAGCCUGCCAGACAAGCUCAAAGUGGAGGUACUGGAUGGUACAAAGGGCAAAGUGGACAGUCCAAAGCUAGAGGUGUCCCGCGUCUCCAAGUCCAACAUGUUCCGUCAUUUCCGGGACUUGUGCAGACGGGCCGGCCGGACUGACCUGCUGGUGCUGACCUCCUACGCCCAUGCCAAGAUGGCCGCCUGUUCUUUUCAGCAGGCCAAGGAGCAGUUCUACAAGGCUCUGAGUCAGCUGGGUUAUGGAACCUGGAUCGGCAGACCGCAGGAGGAGAAGAGCUUUGAGGCAGUGGAGACUGAAGCUCAGAACGUAGUUUCAGCUCCGUAAGGACCAAAGAGGGUAGGAGGAGGGAAGAAGAGUGGAGAAAAAGCACAGCCAGCGAUUAGAAUCUUUCGGGUGGUAGAACAAAGAUGGCUGAUGACCGAGGACAUACGAGAGAGACAACGUUGUACAGAGAAAGAGAGUGGGAAGGAAAGGGGGCAGAAUAUGUCGAUUGGAUCAUUCCACCUCAGCCUGGGAUGGAAAGAGAAAGAAAUCAGAGCCAUAUAAAAAGCCAGCUCAUGUAUGAGAAUGAUGUAUGGAAUGUUUUCUGGAAUCCUUUCUAAACUGUCCUCUGAAGCACUGAUCUCUAUCUCCGUCUCUCUCGCUUUCUCAAUUCUUGUGGGUGGAAGGGUGGGUGCAUAUGAGUAGAGAUUAAAAGAGAGGCUGUUGUAAAAUCUCUUUAUUUUAAGAUCAACCUAGUCUGCUAAUAACAGCUGCAGUAAUUAUAUACCAUUAUAGAUAUUAUAUUAAAAACCAACACAAAAGGAUGCCGUUAGUGCCACAUAUCCCCUCACAGCAAUUAAUGAGCUUUCUCUCUCUCUCUCUUUCUCUCUCUCUCUCUCGUCUACAGAACAUGUGUUUCCAACUGACGUUCAAAAACUGUGGACCAAGGAGCAUUGAUGUUUUAAUUUUUGAUAACCACAUGCAUCUCACACAUAUCCGUGCAUUUCAUUCACAUUCCCGGAGCUCUUGGCUGAAAUAUUAAACAAUUUAAAUGACAUGACUACAGAAGGUCACGGUGUAUAUACGUUCACAUGGUCUCUCGGGUCUAUGGGUAAAUGAAAUUGAAUAGCUUGUACACAUAGUUUUGACAAAAUGUAUACAUAAUGUACAUACAAAUACAUACACUCACAAAUGUAUAUAAGGUCUCAUCACACCGUGUGUGAUUUUUAUAUACAUGUGUGUGUUUAUGUAUAUGUAUAUAUUGUAUGUAUAUAUUUUAUAUAGACUUUCAUAAAUUUCUGUUGCAUUUGGCCCGUACUGACGGAUGUGAUGGAGAUAUUUUUUUGAGAUAGUUUAAUAGCGUCAUCCCUUCAUGUCCUGCCUUCUGUUUUUGUGAGAAAUGUACCUUCCCAGCCUCUGUGUGCGAGUGAGUAUAUGUGUGUUUGAUGUAUAUUAGGUCUGUUUUUGUUUUUGGUCAGCCUCUUUAAGAAGAGACGCCUGUGCUCUCGCCGUGAUAUCCUUGAGUGGAAAUCAUUUUAACUUCUUAAAAUAUUCGAUCCUGAAUACAAAACACCUUUACUUUUGAUUGUUGGUUUUUAAGUUGACUGGCAUCUUAUAAGUCCUGUCUUCUGUUCCAAAAUAAAUUGAGCUGUCUCAAUAA